CAAACCCUAUGAUUAGCCCAUAGCAGUUAAAGCGGUAUCAAAGUGCAUUAACUGUGCAGUGUGGAUAUACCCACUUCCCUCCCUCCUCCCUUUUUUCUCCUUCCUGAAAGUAGGAGUUGCACAUCCGGAGCCUUCCACCAGAGGGCGAUCGAGCGAAGCUGAAGCUGCUUCUCCAUUGAACGCCAUUGAGAGCAGGAGGAAGAGAAGAGAGCAAAGGAAGGGAGCCUCUUUCUGGGAGGUGGCUGCUGGGACCUGCAGUCUUCUCCCAGUCUCCUCCAUUUCCAGCCAGGGAUCCAGGAGCAGCCCUUCCCACUCAGCCUCCUGGAGGGAGCCAAGCUGUCAAAGGGAAGAGAUAAGCAGCAAAAAACCCCAGAGACACACCAGUUUCCUCUUCUGGAGAAAGAAACUCAAUUUUUGGAUAUUUUUGAGGAAUGGGCUCAUACUGCUGUGGGACUACUAACAGUUGCAACUCUUCUGCUAUCCAGUAAAUUUUACAACCCCUCAGUCAUCCUACUGGCAUGCUAGAAGCUGAGCCUUGAAAACAGAACAUCCAUCUUUUUAUCUUCUAUGUCUCUUAGAAGGAUCCAAGGGGAUUGAAAGUUAGCUGAUAAAUUGGCCUGAAAUCAACCUCCCGGAAGAGUUGCUGUGAAGCUUGAGCUCUGUCAGUUCCUAGCAAGCAGUGGCGGUGAUAAAGGAGGAAAAAAUGGUGGGAACAGACCUGGGAGAAGGGCUGCUCCAAGUGGGGAAAGCCUCCAGGGUAGUUCUGCCUAGAAAUAUGGCAGAGAGGCCGGGGUGGGGAGUGUCACAAGAGAGCAAAGAGGAACCCUCCAAGGGAAUGCAACAACGUUGGGAAGCUCAAUGGCAGGAGUUCCUGAAGACACUGCAGCCUAUUCACACAAGCGAGGAAGACUCAGCAACGAUGGAGACUGCUCCAUGGGAAGACACCAAGGCCUUCCUGGCCUCCUUUGAGCAAGUGGCCAAAGCGUGUCGGUGGCCUAGAGAAGAGUGGGUGACCCGGCUCCAGCCCUCCCUGAGCGGAGUAGCGGAACAGGCCUUCAAUAUCCUGGAAGCUGAAGACCAGGAGGAUUAUGGCAAAGUGAAGGCCGCCAUCUUGCGUGGGGAUGCCCUGAGGAUGGAGAUGCAGCGUCAGCACUUCCGGCAGUUCUGCUGUCUGGAGGUUGAAGAUCCGCGGAAAGUUUACAACCAGCUGCAGGAGCUUUGCCACCAGUGGCUAAAGCCAGAGAAACGGAGCAAGGAGCAGAUCCUGGAGCUGCUGAUCCUGGAGCAGUUUCUGGCUGUUUUGCCACUUGAAAUCCAGAACUGGAUCCGGGAAGGAGGGCCUGAAACCUGCACGCAAGCAGUUGCCCUGGUGGAAGAUUUCCUAAUGAACCAACGAGAGGCUGAAGCAGGCAAAUGGCAGGGUACGUUGCAAAAGGUGUGCCUAAGUUCCCAGGAAGCAGAGGAAGAUCCUGUGGGUGACCCAGAGAAACAGAUCUACAAAGAAGCCAAACGAAAUGGUGUCGGAGAGAUCACUUUGCUGGGCAGUGGCAUCAAGUGUCAAAGUCACUCUAGUUCCUUACUUCCCUCAGAAGCUCAAGGAAUGGCUGAAGCUGGACCAAGUGAGGGACCAGUGAACAUCAAGGAGACCGGUGCAUCCUUGCAUGUGGUUGAGCCAGCUCUGAUACAGCCUGGCCAAAGGACCAUGUUCUGGCAAGUCCUGCAGGAGGAAGGUGGGGACACAAAUUCCUUGGAAGGAUUUUUGGCACCCAAAGCUGACCUUUCUCCCCAAUCCCGAAAUGAAGAGAUGUUCCACCAGUUUCCAGUGGAAUUUGAGAGACAUUCAAGCCAUGAUUCAGGUGACAAGAAGGGAAGCAAGUUCAAGAUGGAGAGCUCUCGGUAUGGAGUAAAUGAGCUAGAGGAAGUGCCCAGGACACGACCAGAGUUAACCCAUGGGAAUGUGCCAGUGACAGCUGAGAUGCACAAGGAAAGAUGUGACGAGAAGAGAAGUUGGAUCAUGAUGGAGACUUUACAGUAUGGAGGAAAUGUGAUGGAGGAAACACCCGGGACAGUGCCACGUGCAGAUCAAGGCAAUAUUCCUGUGACAGCUGAAAUAAACAAGGGAAAAUGUGAGUCCAACAGGGGACAAGGGAAGGAGCUGGUGAAAGUUCAGAAUGAAUCCAGCAAGUUCUCAGAAGGUUUUGUUGCUGAAUGGAGUGAGAAACAGAUAGCAUACACAAGGGAUAAGCUGCCUUUGUUCUCCAAGCAUGGUAGAAGUACCUACCACAAUCCAGGAGUUGUUCUGAAACACGUUGGAGAGGUCCCGUCUCAAUAUCUUACAGUGAUGGAAAGCUUCCAGGAAAAUCCAGACUAUCAGGGAAGGCUUACUGGAGAAAAAACAUAUAAAUACACAGAUACCUUUCCUGCACUCGAUCAGACAGAAAAUCUACUUGGACAUCAUAGUAGUCAAACAGGAGAGAAAUCUUUUAGUUGCCUUGAAUGUGGGAUAAGCUUCUCUCAGAGACUGCAGUUGAUGGCUCAUCUGCAAAUCCACGCAGGAGAAAAACCCUAUAGAUGUCUUGAGUGUGGGAAUUGCUUCAUUCAGAGAAUAAGUCUAAUGAGACAUCAGAAGAUUCAUGCUGGAGUAAAACCUUACAAAUGCAUUGAGUGUGGGAAAAGCUUCAUCCAGAGCACACAUUUGAAGAGACAUCUGAGAAUCCACACUGGCGAAAAACCUUUUGAAUGUGCAGAGUGUGGGAGAAACUUUUCAAGGAAAGAUAAGUUGCUGGGACAUCAGAGAACACACUGUGGUCAGAAGAGCUAACCAAGUCCCCAAAUGUAAGAGAAUUUGCAUCUGAGAUAAACAUCUGAUGGAACAUCUAAGACUCAAGAUAGGAGAGAGACUUUAUUACACUGAUGAGUGUGGGGAAAACAUUACUGAAAAGAUCAGGCCUUCCCACAGAAAAGUAUGAGUAUGUGGAAAACUUUGGUUCCAAGGCAGGACAGAUUAGCCAUGCUGGAUAUUAACAGAGUAAACAAAGAGAGAAUAAUCAGUCUUAUGAGUAAAUAUGUGUUACAUAGGAUUAUAAAUAAUUUCAAACAACUGUUUUCUUUAGGUGUUGUCUUCAUAGAGACUGUGGGAAUUGAAGAUAUGAACAUGUCUUUAAAGUGAAGACACUGGUGCCCAACCUAGUUGUUCGCAGCUUUGGAUCUCUGACUAUUACUGGCUUAUAAUGCCUGCCAAUUUUGACCAUUGGUCAUGAUGGCUGGGCUGAUGAGAGUUUAUCAGUAAUGUUUAGGGAUCCAAGAGCAGCUGUCAAGCUCAUUCUUGUCUACCUGGCUGGUAAUGGCUCUCUAUGACUUUGACAGAAUGCUAUGCUUGAUUAUUCAUCCCAAAAUCCCUGUAGGGCAUUGGUAGAGUUUAUAUUCCUCUUAAUUAGCAACUAUUUCUAUUGGAGGAUAUCUCUCAGGGGAAUGGAUUUUGAUCAGGGAUCCACUAUAGCUGGCUUCAGUGAUAUAUCACAACUGUCACACACUUCUAUUACUGAACAGUACCUUGGUAGAAGGUGGUUGGCUGAAGUAAACAUUUUAGGGAUGUUUCUCAUGCAUCAUAAUAUAAUUUAAAUGUAUAUGUUUGGAUAUGAGCCAUUGUUGCUGUUACCACUUUCCCAAGCAUAAUUCCCAAGUCUAAGUUUCAAUUGUAUCCUUCCGUCUUUGACAGGGAGAAUAUACUGUGAUGUACAAUUGGUAGGAUAGAAGACAAGUCUGAUCUUCCACCCCCUUGAUGGUUCUUUGCUUGUGUCUUUGAUGAGCUGAAGCAGAUUGGUCUUUCCCCCCAAAAUAAGUUAAUUUAUGUUUAGUGAUUAAAUAUAUGCAAGUUGUAAAACCUACAUUCCCCAGGAGUGGAAUCUGGAUUAAUUUAACAUGUAAUCAUUUGAAGUAGUUCAUAGUGCAUGGAUGGUGAACUUCAGAUGCUGACCCAAAUCUAACCUUCUGGAGUUUUCCUAAUAACCAUAUCCUUUUCCCCGUGACACUGCCAUUGCUCUUUUCCCAGCGUUUCACAUGGUUUUCCUCGUUCUAAAUUAUUGAAUAACUGUUAUGUUUAGUCUUAAAAUGAAAUAUACUGAUCUUUUUGGUCCCCACCUUUUUUCUUUUGCCCUGUCCACCACUGAAACAUCUUGCUCACUUGAAAACUUCUCUGAAAUUGAAUUCAACCCUCAGGCUGAAAGAGGUUUCUUACCCUUUUCCUAAAAAUGGGAGGGGGAAAAAGAUGCAAUGACACCAUGAGUUAGGAAGACCAGGAAGAAGGAAAUUACAGAACUAAACAAGAGGUGACCAGAACCUAGACCAAAUGCCUCUCUCUUGUCUCUUCAGGUGAUGGGAAGAGAAAUUGGAUCAAGAUGGAGAAUCCUCCAGUGGGGGAACUUUUGCCAAAGGAAACACCUAGGACAUUGGAAGAAGUGUCUCCAUGGAGUUUCCCUGUGACAUCUGAAAUUCACAAGCAGAGA